GCUCACAGCCACAUCUCUGUUUGUACGGUGCUGUUUUCUCUCUCUCUCUCUCUCAGUGCAGCAGCAGCAGCUGAAGUCUAUGUUCAUUGCUAACCUGAUCAACCCAGGAUGUGGCUUCUCUGUGACAUCACACCCAGAUGUUUUUCCAGGCCACGCCCCCACGGGGCUCUGAAACACUCAGAGGAGCAAUAACGGAGAAAGCUUAUUCUACUGUCACAAUGCAAUGGACGGGUUAGAGAAACUGCAUUUUUGUCAUUUCAUUGCACUCUAGAAGAUCAACAUUAAUUCCCACUUAAAGCAACAAGCUGCCAGAGUUAUGAUUUUUUCUUUCAUUGGACUUUAAAUGCCUUUUCUCUUUAGUGACAAGCUGGGUGCAAUCUUCACAAACAGAGUGCAUUUAGAAUAGCUGUUCAGUCAGCUCUGGCUUCUACAAAGGGAUCCUAAGAAAUAGGAGGGGAAAAGUCUGCUUGUUUUUGUGUUUUUUUUUAAAAGGGAAAACGUGCAAUUUUUUUUUUUUAAACACACCUAUGAAAAAUGGCAACAGCAGCAUACGUGGAUCAUUUUGCAGCCGAGUGCCUUGUUUCUAUGUCCAGUCGUGCUAUUAUCCACAGUCCCAAAGGGGACGCAGAUCCCCGACCUGAUGCAGCAGUACCUCCUCCUCUAUCAAAUGGAGAAAAUAAGCGGGAAGUAAGAGAGACCGGGAAAGACAAUGGAUCGUCGCUGUUUGUGGUGGCCAGGAUUUUAGCAGAUCUUAACCAGCAUGUCCCAAAUUCUGCCACCGUUCAGAUGGAAAAAACAGAGAGCAUCGAUAACAGGGAAAAACUAAGUCCUUCUUUUCCUCCUCAGGAGUUUGGGGAGGAAAGUGUCUCCCCAGCCGGCAAGCGUGGAGAAGGAAAAGCAGCCACACCUACUAGCCUGGCUGCAGUAAGCGAGCCAAGCCCCAAACAAAGGAGCAGACGGGGAAGAAACCGGGCUGACCCCGAGUCACCCCAGAAAAAGCACAAAUGCCACUACGUGGGGUGCGAAAAAGUUUAUGGCAAAUCUUCCCAUCUCAAAGCUCAUCUAAGGACCCACACAGGAGAGAGGCCUUUUGAAUGCAGCUGGCAAGAAUGCAACAAGAAAUUUGCCCGCUCUGACGAACUGGCCCGGCACUACCGCACUCACACUGGAGAGAAGAAGUUCGGCUGCCCUCUCUGCGAGAAACGUUUCAUGCGCAGCGACCACCUGACGAAGCAUGCCCGUCGCCAUGCCAACUUCCACCCCAGCAUGCUCAAGAGGCGGAGCGGCAGCAGCUCCAGAACGGGGUCUGUCAGUGACUAUAGCCGUUCGGAUGCAUCAAGCCCCACCAUCAGCCCCGCCAGCUCCCCAUAAACCUACCUGCACUGGAUGUCAGCACUUUGCCUCUGACACUUAUUGUGGAGUUGAAUUUGUGUUGCACACAGUUUUAAAACUGUUGCUUAUUUUGUUUUGUUUUUUCGGUAAGUAGCUGCCUCUCACUGCAACUUCAAAACAAGAACUCUUCACCUCACCAAACAGGUGGCUGGUCUAACCUCACGGACAGACGGAUCUUAAUGUUCCACUUAGUGGCUCCUGCUGCCUCAAUAUUUCAUAUGUUUUACAGCCAUACACAGAUGCUCUUGAUUGUUGUUUAUAUAUAAAAAAACCAUAAAACCUUAAAAAACCCAUCUAUAAUUCACCUCAGGUGUCCGAGCAGUUUUGAGAGAUCGGAUUGCACAACACAAGCAUAUAUACAGUUACAAUUCAGUUGUGUUGGGCUUUCUCCCCCACCCCCUUCUCCUUUCUCAGGGAUGGCUAUUUAUAUUACACAAUAAGUACAAUGAAGACAUACCUUUGCCACAACCUUACUCGGUAAAUAUAUUUGCACUCAGAAACAUUUUGUUCAUUUUUUUCACACACGUGGAGAAAAAACAAACAAACUAGUACUGGAAGUUAGUGCCAGGCUCUUUUAUUGUUUGAUUUCAGUUACAUCUACCUUUGGGGGGGGCCCACUUUUUCAUGCAGCUGCCCUUUGCUUUUGAGAGCAAGCAAUCCUUUCAUUUCUCACCGCAGAUGCUCCAAAAACCAACUUCCUGUUGCAAAAGGCUUCCUGUCCGAGUUGGAUAAACUUUUCUUUUUAAAGCUAGAUUAACUUCCAAGAAAGAUUUCUAAACGAGAUGCCUUAAUCAAAGAAUCUAAACACAAGGAAACACAUUGACACUGGGUAACAGCUUUUCCAGCAAAGUGGUAUGGAAUUUUGGAGGCAUUUUGUCUUCUAUCUCUCUGAGUUAUAAGCUCUUUCUGCACUGCCUAUCGAAUAUGGGACCAACGAAAUAUUAAAGCAAACCACAUUGACUUGAACAACUCCCCCCCCCCCCCCUUAAAAAAAAAAAAAAAAAAAGAACGGAGAAAACCUUGUAGCUGAACCAAUGCCCAUCAAAACUUUUAUCAAGGUACUUACCUACUGUACAGCUGGAUGCUAACACAAAGAAAUUGCUUAAGACAAAGUUUCUGUACACUGUUGUAUCAUAACUGUGGUCACCGAUAAAAAGGAAACAAAAAACAUGCAUUUUUUAAAAAGUGUUACAAAAAUGGUGUUUUAACUCAAAAAAUACUUCAGGCUUCUCUUUCAGCUGUAGUGCAGAAUUCUAUAAAGCAAUAUCCCCUUCACCUAUGAGACAUUGUAUAUUAAAAAGGGGAGUUGUGAUUUUUCUAUUAAUUUUUAAUAGUAGACCACUUUAUCAUAUAUAUAUCUGUGCUUUACAAAUGGUAUAGAAUAUAGCAAAGGACCAGAAUAUUGUGAUGUCACAGAGACCUCAUUGUCAGAAAAUAUACUUUAUUUGGAUUGGCUGGUUCAGAUGGUGCAUAUUAAAAAUUCAGGUGCUUUUGGUUUUGGAUUUUUUUCACAUUACUGUAAAGAAUAAAUGCAGUCAAGUGUAGCACAGUGAAAAGAAACUCAAUACACCAAACCUGCUGUUUGAUAUAAAGUGAAUGCCUCCACAUUCCAAAGGAGUCUUGAUCCAUAUCUUACUUGCUGCUUUGCAUUGAUCCAAUUUUACUAGGUUUUUUUAAAAAUUUUGUACUGUAUAUUAACUGCGAGAGGCUAUUACAUUAUAGAUUUGUAAGUAGUUUCAUAGAUACUUGCAUACCAUUUACAUUGUUGAUAAUUCCAAGCGCUCUUUCAGUUGUAUGAUUGGUAACUACUUAAACACAGGUUAAAGUGCAGAUAUUUCAGUAUUUUUGUGUAUAUUUGUUUCAAACUUCACCUUUACAAAAACAGUUUUUUCUGUUGAAUUGUAAAAUCACAUAAGGAUGGACAUUCUGGUUUCAUAUGAUGGAUGGAAAAAGCCUUUUGAUAGAAGUCCGAUUAUUGUUUAACUUGUGUGAUGAGUUGCCUGAACACUGUUGGUUUAGGAAAAGCCAUGUUCAUUUACCUCCCUAGUUACAACUGUUGUAAUCUCUUCUGAUAAAAUACACAACGUUAACAUUUUAAUACAAUUCAGGUAGCAGGAAUUCACUUUCCAAUUGCUUUUUCAGCUCAUAAGAGUGCUUUUGUGCUGUAGUUAGUAAAGGGACAAAAAAGACAACUAGCUUAGAGAAUUGUACAGGUCAGUUGUGCCUAGUGCACACACUCUUAAAACAGUUCAUUAAGUGUAAAAAUAUUUCUCUCAUCAUGAAUAAAUCUUACUAUAGGGAUAAUGAUACAGGAAACAAAACUGAAAACAAAGGAUGAUUACAAAGUACUCAUCAAAAAAGUGAUGGCCUUUAUAUGUUAUGGCUUCAAUCGGGUAUGCUUUAUCACCUCCAAAGAAAGCAUUAUUUUCUUCUUAGUUCUGUUGCAGAAUACAAUUCAAUUCCACCCAUUAUAAUACAUGGUGACAUUGAUUUAAAACAGGUUCUUGACCUAUCUCUGAAGGCAAAAUUCAAGUUUAUAGAUAUACUAUGAAUUAAUGUAACUCAGGUAAAGAUAUGGAUUAGUUUAUAAGCAAAAUACUUUGACAGUCUCAGUCUAGCUACAGCAAAAGUUUGUCCCUGCUACUCUAGCAGCACUGGAAGAGGAUAGUAAAACCGUUCUCAAUAAAUCUUUCACCCAAACAACAAACUGUAGCUUUUAUCUGCCUGCUCCCAAAAAUAUUUGGAUUCAUUCUGUAAAGUUAGAUGGAAGCAAAAAUAUUGAAUGCAAGCUGUUCUCAAUGGAAUUCCCAACUCAACCAAAUAAUCUCAUGAGAAAAGCCACGAGACCAAUUUUAUUCUUAAACUGGGGCAGUAUCUCUGUCAAACCUUCAAAACUUUUGAAUUUCUUCCACCUCAGAGAUAAAAUUUUGUAGUUAAUAUUCAGAUCUGUCAUGCGUUAAGAUCCUGGCUAAAGUUUCAAAACUUACAUUAAAUGCUUUCUACAUUAGUGGCCAUAAAUAUUAUGAACAUUUAGGUUCUUGUUAAUGCCAGUUUAAUAGCGACCCACACUAGUGCAUCUGUUAAUGGAUCAGUAAAUUGAUUCAGAGACACAAUGAAGAAUCCCUUCCCCACAAUCCAAUCCAUUGGUUGUUUUAGAACUAAAUCGGAACAGCACUUCUCUCAAGAUUCUCUUAGCUAAAGACACAGUUUUGUUUCUCCAGCAUUUGUCCAGAAGCAGAAGUGGCAGCAAUAUCAUAAGAUUCCGUUCUCAUUCCUCAGUUUUUGCAGAAUCAAGUAGCCUAAACUGUUCAGAUAAAGCAUUUGAAAUCUGGAUGCUUAUCCACACAGACCCCAAACGCCAAACCUUUUAUUGUUUUAUCCAACAUUCUGACUUAAAAACUAGUCUCCCAUUACUACACCCAAACUGCAAAGUCAGGAUACACUGCUUUGGCUAGGUACACUGCCCUACUCCUUCAUGUCAAGUGCUUAUCUCCUUCGACCCAAGCACUCAGCUGAUAUGGCUAGCAGCAAACAAUAAAAUCCUUAGGAUUUGUUUAUAGUUGUCCUCAGCCCAGGUCCUAGCUCCUUUUGCUCUAGUUAAACUGAAGUGUCGUGAUGUAUGAAGAGCCUACAACAUUGAAAAUGAUCAUUUUAGUUUUCUUGGAAAUUGUAAGGAUUGCUGUUCUUCUCCAUUACACGUCCAUUAAAAUAAACUGAAGUCUGAUUGACUAUAAACUACACACAGUUUGCUAUAAACUCUGCUUUAUGUUUUAUCAACAUUAAAGAGUUAAUUUUGUUGUUGAGCUGGAACCAGCACGAUUUGAGGACAAUAGUUUGUUCCCUCCAUGGGUUUCCACUCAGAUACUUUUAUAUAUACAAAUUUAUUCUAGUUACCAGAAAAUUGCAGUAUGAUCCAUUGGACAUAGCUUAACUUUCCUCUGUGCAAAACCCAAAGUGCAUUAAUGGCCAUAAAACUUCAGUUUCCUGUCCUGCUUCCUGGAAAAGAAUCCAAGCUCUAGGCAGCCGGGCUGUGUCAUAUGAGGUGCCCCCACAUCCUUAAAAGUCUGCGAAUUAGUUGGCUCCUUGCUUUUAUAGCAUUUCUUUGUUUACAUUGGGUAAUGGUAAAGGUAUAUAUUUAUAACAAAACAACAAAAGCCUAUGUCUGAUAGGAACACCUAAUUUCUGUGUAAGAUGACGUGUUUUCUUUAUGUACCCUACCUUCUUUACCGCAUUAUUACUUGCAAUAAAUUCUAGUCCUGCAAGCUUCUGUACAGCUUUAAAGCCUCAUUACCUUGUAUCAAGAAGUUCAAUGCUUUUUGUAUGUUUUAUAUAGCCAGUAUAGAAUCAGGUAGAGGAAAUGGCCAUGUGAGAGCUCAUGAAGUCCUCAUUCGAUUUCACACCUGGCUUUGUCCAGUCAGAGUAUCUGAUGUGAGUUCUAAGUUUUGUACUGCGUGAAUUGUGUUAUGUUUUGAGACAUGCUUUAUGAACAAAGAAUAAGGAAAAUAAGACUCUUUAUAUUUAAAGCUUGCCUUCUCAUAGCCACUUGCAUUGCUAAUGUCACCAACUGAUGCCCACAAACUGACUUUCUGGUGCUCGUUACUCCCAUGUGCCCCAUGUUUGUGCGUAUAGAUGCUCAUGUGUAGACUAUGACAGUGAGCAGUAUAAUGGGUUUAUAUAUUUUUAAGCGUUGGGGAUGAGUAUAUAGCCAGCAGGUGGAAGAGAACGUAACUAAAUAGUGCUUGUUUACCCCCAAAAGAAUAAAAAAUAUACAGUGCAAGAAACAAUAUUUGAGGGAAUGUCGACAGAGCAAUGAUAGAUAUCCAUUUUGUUACAACUAGUGAUGAGUCAGACCCAAAAUCAUAGAAACAAACAUCUUGGGACUUUGGGAGAAUUUGAAUCUCCAUCUGAACUUUGGGGUUUAGACCCAUCUUUAGUUACAACUAUAGUUAGUUGUGUAUGUACAUUGUGUGUGUGUAUACGUGCACAUGUUCAUGCGCGGACACACGUUUUAUAGACAUAUUUUUCACUUUUGGUGAAAUUUGAUGUUACACACAUCAUUUUUACCUGGACAGUUUUAUCAACAGCAUUUCAAUGCUUUCCUGGAUCACUUUUUACCUUUCUAAAUCACUACAUUGAAGUAUUACAGUUGUACAGUUAUAUGCUGAUCUAUUCUUGCCCUGCUGUAACUUUUUAUGUAUUUUGUACCGCAUAGAGUAUAUAUUGUAACAGUGUCCUAAGCAAAAAAAAAAAAAAAAAA